AUGGAUUGGCUUGAAAUUAUCAAGUUCAUUCAUGAAGCAUUUUACCCAGUUUGGAUGUUGAAUCACGUGUUGGUUCCAAUGCCCAAUAGGAAAUUGAGAGUGUGCAUUGACUUCACUCACUUCAAUAAAGCCUGCCGAAAAAACAACUUUCCAUUAUCGGGCAUAGAUGAGUUAGUGGAUUCAACAGUGGGACAUGAGUUGCUUUGCUUUAUGGAUGCAUACACAGGAUACAUCCAAAUACCCAUAAAUCUCGCAGAUGAGGAGCACACCUCGUUCAUUAUUGAUCGAGCUCCUAUAGUUCCUUUUACUCUUCAUCACUCUCGUAGGCAUCAUGUUGAAAGAUCUCAAGAAAUAGAUAGUGGGAUUUUCUCAAAGUAUGGAAAAGACUUUGAGGAAAUGUUUGCUCCAGUUGCAAAAAUGACUAUUGUUCGUACUCUUAUAGCAGUAGCAACAGUUUGCCAGUGGACAAAAUCUCAGAUGGAUGUUAAGAAUGCCUUUCUAAAUGGUGAUUUACAUAAGGAGGUUUACAUCGUUCCUCCUCAUGGUGUUCCUCAUAAGCAAUGA